AUUUGCCAUGGCGUCCCUGGAGGAGGACUUGACCUGUUCGUUGUGCCGCGAUGUCUUCAGCCAGGCCCAGCCCCUGCUGUGUGGCCACAGCUUCUGCCCGGCCUGCGUGCGGGACGCCUGGGGGCACGGAGAGGCUGGGGUCAGGGGUCGCUUCACCUGUGCACAGUGCCAGGAGGAACAAGGGGUGGUGGCGUGUGACUGCUGCCCACCUGUGGGGGACGAGGACCAGGCGGAGACCACCGUGGCAGUGAAGACCUGCCUGCGCUGUGAGGUGUCUCUGUGUGCAGAGCACCUGCAGCCCCACCUGGAGCGGCCCGCCUUCAAGACACACCUGCUGGUGGAACCCCUGGGAGAUCUGUCUCACCGCAGGUGUCCCGCCCACAAGGAGAUGUUCCUCUACUACUGUGCUGACGAACGGGUGUACGUGUGUUCAGAGUGCCUAUUGGAAGGUGGCCAUGCACAGCACCGCAUUAAAGGACUUAGGAUGAUGGAGGAUGACCUCAAGGUCAGAAAACAACCUGUAGUUCCCUACAGCUGGUGUUAUAGUGUGGCUAUAACAGUUCUAAAUCUGUGUGUUUCCACAGGUCAUCCUCAAAAGCCUUCUCCAGAAAGCAGAUGAAAAGCUGAAUGAAGGUGAACGGAUCCUCCAAGAGCACCAGAACACUGACCUCACUAUGACAGUGAGUAACCACACACACAUGCUUAUAGCAGUCCAUCAAUUUACUGGUCAUGCUUAUAUUAGUCUAUCCGAGGUUCUAUUCUGCCUUAACGCUGAGUCCUGUUAUGACCAUAGAGUCUGUAUUGAUGGUUGUUGUCCCCCUGCAGGACUUGUCUGUGGCAGAUGACUCCCAGGUGGAACGUAUGGGUAUAGACCUGCGGCUGUAGGUGGAGAGGCUAGUGCUGGCCCUGAGGGAGAGCACCUGGAGGGAGAGGCAGAAGGCCAUGGAGCGCCUGCAGAACGACUGCAGCAGGGUGAGGGAGGACCUGAGUCAGACCCAGGAUAUCCACCACUACCUGGGAUCCUUGCUGGAGGAGACAGACCCCUUCCUGCUCAUCUGGGUGAGAUGUUUAUUAUUAACCCUUUUACCAGAUACCAAGAUGACUAGAGAGCGGAGAGGGUUUGAAGGAGCCAAUUGGAAUCUGGGGAUGAUUUGGAUACCAUGGUAGGAAGAGCAGACAGGUUGGAUAUUCCGCCAGGGUAGUGGAGUUAACACCCUACUUUUGGGACAAGUGCCAUGGGGUCAUUAGUGACCACGCAAGAGUUAGGACCUCAGUUUUGCAAUAAAGCAAUACAUAACCAACUUCACAGUAACCAUUUCAGGCAGUUAAUCUCUGUGCGUUAGACACAACCUUUGAGUAUCCUCAAACAAACCAAAUUGAUCAAAGCCAUCCUCUCAAAUCAUUGGAUGGCAUAGGUCACUAUUCUGGUAAUUCUGAAUCUGAACAUUCACUUCUGUACUGUAAUGCAAUGUUUUAACCACCUAUUUAUUUACAAGACAGCAUAUGUUGUACACUGCAUAACAGAGGAUUUCAACUAAUCUGUUUACCUCCCUGUCCAUCUGGGGGUAAUUCACAGUGCCAUUCAUGCAGGAUUUGUACUAUGGCAUUAAAGGCUUUGUGCUUUUAUUGAUUAGCCGUCAAUGAAUGUCUCUUUUCUUGAGAUAGUACAUUUGAUUAACUUUAUUAACAGUUUUGUGUUAUUGUCUUAUAACCGUGAAUGACAGUGAAUUCCACAUUUUGUUACAUUACAGCCUUAUUCUAAAAUGGAUUAAAUAGUUGUUUCCCCUCAUCAAUUUACACACAAUACCCCAUAAUGACAAAGCAAAAACAGGUUUUUAGAAUUGUUUGCAAAUGUAUAAAAAAAAAAAAAACUGAAAUAUGACAUUUACAUAAGUAUUCAGACUGUUUCCUCAGUACUUUGUUGAAGCACCUCAGGCUCUGUCAGGUUGGAUGGGGAGUGUCGCUGCACAGAUAUUUUCAGGUCUCUCCAGAGAUGUUCGAUCGGGUUCAAGUCCGAGCUCUGGCUGGCCCACUCAAGGACAUUCAGAGACUUGUCCCGAAGCCACUCCUGUGUUGUCUUGGCUGUGUGCUUAUGGUCGUUGUCCUGUUGGAAGGUGAAUCUUCACCCCGGUCUGAGGUCCUGAGCGCUCUGGAGCAGGUUACCAUCAAGGAUCUCUCUGUACUUUGCUCCGUUCAUCUUUCCCUCGAUCCUGACUAGUCUCCCAGUCCCUGCCGCUGAAAAACAUCCCCACAGCAUGAUGCUGACACCACCAUGCUUCACCAUAGAGAUUGUGUCAGGUUUCCUCCAGACGUGACGAGUUCAAUCUUGGUUUCAUCAGACCAGAGUAUCUUGUUUCUCAUGUUCUGAGAGUCCUUUAGGUGCCUUUUGACAAAUUCCAAGCGGGCUGUCAUGUGCCUUUUACUGAGGAGUGGCUUCCGUCUGGCCACUCUACCAUAAAGGCCUGAUUGGUGGUGUGCUGCAGAGAUGGUUGUCCUUUUGGAAGGUUCUCCCAUAUCCAGAGAGGAUCUCUGGAGCUCUGUCAGAGUGACCAUCGGGUUCUUGGUCACCUCCCUGACCAAGGCCCUUCUCCCCCGAUUGCUCAGUUUGGCCAUGUGACCAGCUCUAGGAAGAGUCUUGGUGGUUCCAAACUUCUUCCAUUUAAGAAUUAUGGAGGCCACUGUGUUCUUGAGGACCUUCAAUGCUGCUGAAUUUUUUUGGUACCCUUCCCCAGAUCUGUGCCUCGACACAAUCCUGUCUCGGAGCUCUACGGACAAUUCCUUCGACCUCAUGGCUUGGUUUUUGCUCUGACAUGCACUGUCAACUGUGGGACUUUAUAUAGACAAGUGUGUGUCUUUCCAAAUCAUGUCCAAUCAAUUGAAUUUACCACAGGUGGACUCCAAUUAAGUUGUACCUGGGCUCAAUUUCUAGUCUCAUAGCAAACGGUCUGAGUACUUAUGUAAAUAAGGUAUUUUUGUUUUUUAUUUUUUAUAAAUUGGCAAAAAAUUCUAACAACCUGUUUUUGCUUUGUCAUUAUGUGGUAUUGUGUGUAGAUUGAUGAGAAAAAUAUAUAUUUGAUCAAUUUUAGAAUAAGGCUGUAAUGUAACAAAAUGUGGAAAAUGUCAAGGGGUCUGAAUACUUUCCGAAAUGCACUGUAUAAGUAUUAUCACAGUCUUAUAACAGUCCUUGGCUUCUUUUCAUUGUUCUGUCCACAGGCAUUUCAAUCUGAUGACUCAAGGUAAAUAAGAAAUAGGUAUUCAUUAGUAUGAUAUUGUGUGUGUCUGUUUGUGUGAGUGUGUGUGUGUGUGUGUGUGUGUGUGUGUGUGUGUGUGUGUGUGUGUGUGCGCGCGCGCACUUGUGUAUGUGCGUAUGUUUGAGUAUAAUAUGAUUUGUGUCUAACCUGCAACCUGCUCUGUAACAGGCUGCUUGCGGACGUGAACUGCCCCCUGUUCACCCCUGACCCUCUCAGCCUGGACAGGAAGUACAUUGUGGAGGACAUUGAGAGCAAGCACAGACAGUUCGUCACCGAGACGCUGCACUGUCUCACCAAACUCAAGAGAGAGCUCUGUGAGUGCACAGGCUGAACCUUCAACCCUUAUAUCUGAGAUGCAAUGAAUUCAGGUUUAUUCAUUCAUAUUUACUUUCUCUCUGUGCGUCAUGUCUCAGUCUGUGCUUUCUAUGUCUCUUUCUCAUUUUCCAUAGUGACAAGUCCGUUGACUCUGGACACUAACUCUGCCCAUCCUCUCCUGAGCAUUUCUGAUGGCCUGCGGUCAGCCAUGCGGGUCAAACACCGCCUUCCAUGUGCCACUCACCCUGACCGCUUCGAUCACUGGGCUCAAGUCCUGACCGUCCAGACAUUCUCCUCAGGAACCCAUUACUGGGAGCUGGAGGCAGAGGGCUUCUGGGACAUUGCGGUGUCCUACCGGAGCAUCGGGCGGAAGGGGAAGGUGGGCAAUGCCUUUGGAAAUAACAAGGUACAUUAUUAUCACUGUUCUUCUACAUGUAGUCUUUAAUAAUAGUAAGAACUGUGGUAAUAAGACUAACAUGACAUGUUAGUUGUCAUCUCUGUAAACUGAUAGGUCUGGAAGCUGAUCAUUAGCUAGGUUUCCAUCCAAUUGGCGACAGAUUUCCAUGCAAAUAUAAAAAAAUAUGCAUAAAGAAAAUAUGCACAUUUUCCCACCAGUCAAAUCAGUGCGUGAUGAUGUAGUGCACAACAUUUUUUACUUUUUCGCUUAAGGUUUCAUGUACAGAAUAAAACUCUAAAGUCCAUCGCACUUGUCACAAAAACUGUUGCUUUAAAUAGCAAAUGUGCCUACUCUGGCAAAUGUGCCUACUCUGGCAAACGCCAUGCUCUAUCAACUGAGCUACAUCCCUGCCGGCCAUUCCCUCCCCUACCCUGGACGACGCUGGGCCAAUUGUGCGCCGCCCAUGAGUCUCCCGGUCGCGGCCGGCUGCGACAGAGCCUGGAUUCGAACCAGGAUCUCUAGUGGCACAGUUAGCACUGCGAUGCAGUGCCUUAGACCACUGCGCCACUCAAACCCGGACGAUGCUGGGCCAAUUGUGCGCCGUGAUAUGAGACUCCCAAUCACAGCCGGAUUGUAAUAUAGCCUGGAAUCGAACCAGGGUCUGUAGUGAGAUGCACGCCUUAGACCGCUGCGCCACUCAGGAGUUUUUUCCUGAAACACCGUCAGAUAGAAUUCAUAGCAAGCAGUGCACUGGGUUAGUCAGAUUUGAUGAAAUAUAACAGAACAGAUGACCUGGAAUGACAUUCACUCUCACGGGAUGGGUUGCCAAAAAUAACAAACUGAAAGCCACACCCCCCAAUAACUUACAAAGAAUGACUGCAUUGAGGCAUAUGUCACUGUGCUUCUAUGGCUAUAUGCACCAUGCCAUUGCUUAUUCCAUUUGUUCAUUUAGCAAACAAGACAGCUCAUCAUCCAGUGCCUUCAUCACAGUCAUCAUACCUAUAUUUUAGCUUUAAUUAGCUUUAAAAAUGCUAACUUUUCUCUCAGCCUCAUGGCAAAAUGUGUAGAAUAGCAUGAGAUUAGCUAUAAAACGGCAACAUUUUCUCCUUGCCCCAUGGCAAAGAAAUGCACCCACAUUUCUGCAGGCCCACCCACCAACGAAGUUCUGGCUGCGCCACUGCUUUAGUCGCAUAAAAACUGUGGAUAGAAACGUGGUUAAUUACUUUAAUUGGUCUCUUUGAAUGUAACUUUUAUCACGAGAAAAAAUGUGUGAUAAAAAAUGUAAUGGUUGGUUUUCUAUAUUGACUGCUAGAUGAUGGAUGAUGUUUUGACUUGCAGAUGUCUUGGAGCUUGACACAGCAGCAUGACAGAAAGCUGGCUGCCUGGCACAACUGCAGGAAGACACGCAUCUCCAGCCGAAUGUCGGGCAACCGUGUUGGCGUGGCCUUGGACUAUGGUGCAGGCACCAUCACCUUCUCCGAGGUGGGGCCAUCCAACACCCUGACCCACCUGCACAACUUCACCACCUCCUUCAGCCAGCCCGUGUGCCUGGGCUUUGGCCUCUACAAAGCUGAGCUUCAGAGCAGAAUCUUCAUAGUGACGGUGUGAGAGAUCAUCAGGGACCAGAUAAUUAGAAUGGGGUGGGAGCUCAAGGAUGGAGACUUUGUGGGAGGUUUCCUUCUGGAACAUCUCCCAGGACCUCAUGAGGGAUUGGACUAUGAACAGUAGAGCUUGUGUGAGCAUGGCGAAUGGUAAGACUACAUUCUUACAGAGUUCAGGACUCGAAGUACUAUGAACUAUGACUUUGAAUCAGUAAGGAAUGGAUGUGUAUGUCCUACUUUUGUCACAGUUUUUGGGCACCCAAGCAACUUGGACCCAAGCAACUUGGACCCAAGGGAGAGCUUUUUAAAAUCAAAUACAACCAAACUACAGGACAAUAUUCUAAAAGAGUUAGAAAAUUAAACAUUCAGUGGAUAGUUCUAGAUUCUUAUGAUGUAACAUAGCCAUGGGGUCCCAUUCCCUUUUCUGAGUUUGUAUAGACUAUUUUGUAUGCAUAUCAUAAUCAACAUGGGUUCUAUGGGGCACUCAUGUACCAAGCUAAAUACCCCAAAUAAUGUUGAGAAAAAAGAGAUGGAAGGUGUGUGGACUGAACCAUAUUGUAGUAUAGAUGACAAAAUCAUCAGGCAUUAGAAUCUUUCACAAAAGUGAAAUUAUGUAGGCCAUUAUAUUGAAAGGGAUUCACUUGAAGAUGCUCAAGGUAGAUUCAUAGGCUAUAAAUCAAUGUCAAAGAUCGUUUCAGACUGAACAAUGUCACAAAAUGACCAAAAUGACCUCACAAAAUGACAUCUCAGAUGCAAUACUUUCCCUGCCACUUUUCAUUGUUAGAGAGACAAUUAGUAGGUGGGUAAGUGACAGAGAAUUAGAGAGAGAGAGAGAGAGAGAGAGAGAGAGAGAGAGAGAGAGAGAGAGAGAGAGAGAGAGAGAGAGAGAGAGAGAGAGAGAGAUUAUAACGCAGUGGGUCCUCUGGCAUGGCCAUUUAGAUACCUGUUUCAAAGGGAGGUCUCUGUGGUACUGUAGAAUGUGAAAGAACAGAGAAGAGGUUAUGAGGAAUUUGUGACUAUCACUCCAUCUCCAAGGAACAACAAUUUACUUCACUGAUAUGAAAAAUAAGGAGGACACCUUUCAAACUGAAACAGGUGAUACUCUCAACUAUUUCUCUAUGAACUUCAAGCUAGACUCCAGGAUUGCAUGACAAGUCCUGCAAUUUGCUUGUGUUAACAUCUUGGAUUGUUCAGGAAAACUGUUAAUCUUCUGACUGUUUAUUGAAUAUUGGGGACCAACUCUCUAAAACAAACCAUGUCAGGUUGGUGUGAGAGAGUGCGUCAAUGUGUGUUUGAAGAAAGAGUGUGUGGUGGUUUUAUAAGGUUGUUUAUAACAGCGUUAAUCACUAAAUGUCAUAGAGAGUGUGAUCAUCAGAGAUGUGUCAGAGUGUCUUUUUGCACUUGAAUUGACGACAUGUAGAGAUUAUUUUAGAAGGAAAGAGAAAAUCACAUUAUGAAGAGAGGGUACAGUCUAAAAUGUUGUUCUGUCUAUAAUAUCAAUAGAGGAUGAAGUGCUUUCUUCUCUGUGUUAUAUACAGUAACCAUUUAUGUAGUUGUGAAAAGAUAAACACCUAAGGAAUUUGUAAGAAAAUACAAGAGGAUGAUGGAGAAACUAAGUGCGAACAUGGUGGGUGUGAGGAAGGGGGGGGGGGGCAUAUUGUGGAACGUCAGGAGGUACAGAGCGCGUGUGAAAGACAGAUGGUCUCUCAGUGGAGUUGUUCCCCCACUCCCUCUUUCUUUCUCACUCCCUCCUGGAUUCUACAUCCUCCCCUGACACUGGUCCAGAACGUUACCUCAUUCCCUCUUCCUCCCGCUAACAAUAUCCUCAUCUUCAUAAUCCUCUUCAUCAGCUUCUAUGGUAGCCGAGAUUCCUCACAAGUACUCUACCUUUCUUCAUCCCUCCCUCCCUCCCUUCCUCUCUUUCUCCUUCCCUCUCUCAGGCCCUGUAUGAUGAUGCAGUAGAUUGGAACACACUCAAACGUCUAUUUGUCCAUGCUAUCCUGCCCUACUGCCACUGUUGCAAACCAGCACAGAAUCACAGGAGAGACAUCCAUGGGAACAGAGUGAGGGAGAGAGGGAAGGACAGACAGAUAGUGUUGGGGGAGAUAGGGGGAGCGACUGUAUGUUCUGACUUUGUCUCCUUCUGCUGAACACGGAUAACUCCAAACGCUCCUGGUUGUCAGUCUGUGAGUCCUACCUGUUGACAUGCCUCUAUAUUUAUUACUGGGAGACUUCCUACAUAGCAUCUACACUAGGAGGUGGGAUAGGAGACUGCUGUCAUAGAACAGGGUGGUGGACCAAGUUCAACCAAUUGAGGACCCGAAUGAUCCUGCUGAAUAUCAGUUACAACAUCAAUUGUGAGACAUUUAGGACCUGAGUGAGCAGAGAGAAUAUCUAGCUUUUUAAAAGUCUGACACCUAUUUUUCCUGGGCAUGUUUAUCUAUGUCUGUAAUCUUUCAAAGUGACUCUCCUCCAUACUAGAAUGAAUAACAGAUAUACGAUCAAAACAAAGCCACUUAAAAGCAUGUAUCCCAGGGUGGUUUGUCCAUCCACUUUAGAGCCCAUAGUGUUGCUGGGGCUGCUGCUCCUAUGGGGGCCUCUAAGGGCCCAGGCCCAGAAUGACACAGAGCCUAUCGUCUUGGAAGGGAAGUGUUUGGUGAUCUGUGACUCCACUCCCAACUCUGAGCCAGCGGGAAAUGCCCUGGGCAUGUCAGUACGCUCAGGCACUGGCCGGGUGGCCUUCUCUGCCACCCGCCAGACCAACCACGAGCCCACAGACAUGAGCAACCGUACCAUGAUCAUCUAUUUCGACCAGGUGAGCAAAUGCAAAGAAACGUUGACCAUAUAAAGUAGUACAUCAACAGGUGAAGUUGACCAAUGUUUUCUGAUUAAUUAAUUAUCUUUGAUUGAUGGUUGAUUGAUUUCUCUUUGACUGAUUUGUUUAUCUUUGAUUGAUCAUUGAUGAAUGAUUUCUAUACAUCACUCCCUAUCUCUCUUAUCCUCCUGUGUUCAUUCUCUCACUUUCUCUUCAUACCGCAGAUCCUGGUGAAUGUGGGCAAUCACUUUGACCAGGAGAGCAGUGUCUUCCUAGCCCCCAGGAGGGGAGUCUACAGCUUCAACUUCCAUGUAGUGAAGGCCUACAAUAGACAAACUAUCCAGGUGAGAGAGACAUACUGUAAAUGCCGUAAACAUAGAGCAUAUAGCAUAGCAUCCAUGCAUGUCCCACACAUGGUUAGUUGUUUGACAUUGAGACAAACCCUGUGGUUGUUUCCAGGUUAGUCUGAUGUUGAAUGGGUGGCCAACGAUCUCAGCCUUCGCUGGGGACAUGGAUGUGACGCGGGAGGCAGCCACCAACGCAGGCCUAGUGAUCAUGGAGAGGGGAGACAAGGCCUACCUCAAACUAGAGAGGGGAAACCUGAUGGGUGGCUGGAAGUAUUCCACCUUCUCCGGCUUCUUGGUUUUCCCCCUAUAGGGAGACAGUCUGCAGGAGGGAGAGAGGAGGACAGAGGGAAAAACGGAGAGAAAGAGGAAUGGGGAGGGAAAAGGGUGAGACUGAAAAAUAUAUAUAAUUUAAUGUCUGAGAGAGACAAUAAAAGAUGAGGGGUGGAGGAGAAACACAAAGACAGAAUUUGCAUGGUAGAUAUGUGAAUUGUCUCAUGUGUCCAGUUUGUGUGUAAAUUGUCCUUUAGGGUGGAGGAUCGAGAUACUAUUUUUGUUCAGACACCAGAGUUGAUGCGCACUAUGGCACAAAAAUAGAAAUAUGCAAUCAAUUUGUAGUAUCUUUUUCAUUUUCACUUUUAAACAUAAAUCCUGUAGCCCCUUAAAAUAUGGCAAGACCUGAAUACAACAUUUCAUUAACUUUUGAAUCUCUGGCAUUUUUGCCUGCCAUUCUGGCUAGCCCCCCUGGCUUACUGCUUUGUUUAACCUGUUUGUCCUGUGACUAAUUAUAUUCCCUAUUUACCAGUAUGUAUUCUGCAGUGUGCACACCUCUUAGGAAGAUAUAUAUAAACAGGUCAUAUUAAAAUGAAUAUAUACAUUAGCCUUUUGUCUCUUUUUGGUGAGUAUUUGUUAAGUCUAUAGUGGUACAAUGUGAAUCAGAUU